AUGCUUUUUAAGCCCCUCGCCUUCGCAGCCACUGCUGCUGCAAUUCUCAUCGUCCCCGAGACCUCAAACAACGAGGAUGGCAUCUUCCGCGCUCUGCCUAUCGAGGCCAGCACCUUCGAGCUCCCCGCUAUCGCACAUAAACAGGCCAUCGAUGUUCCUUGUCUCCAGUGCCGCGGAAAAGAUACUCAUUUAGAACUCGACUUUGGUAUUAAGAACCGUCGCCUGGUCCUCAACGGCUUCGAACUCUACCCACGUGCCGACCCAUGGAAUGGUGAUCUUUCAGCUGCCGUUAUUAAGGGCAAUGGCAAGAGCGAUAUGCGCCGAUUGGGAUACGGUCUAGCUAUUCGCCCAGAGGGAAUCGACGAGGAUCAGCAUUUGGAGAUCGUCAACGUUGAAGUACGAAUUAUUGAAGUUGGCGAUCGUUUCGUCGAUGGCGUUCCUCCUGUGACAGUCAAACUUAUCAAGUCUUUGAGCGGAGAUAUUCUCAUCGGAAACAUCGAGAUUAAGGGUACUGGCGAGAAAGCACCAGAGGAUUGCGACAUGUGGUGCCGAACCAAGGACAUGGUCCACGACACUUGGAAGGGCGUCAAGGGCAAGUUCAAGGGCUGCCACGGAAUGAAGCCUCAUCAUGGCCACGAACACCACAAGCCCCACCAUGGUGCUGGCAAGGCCGAGCACAAGCCUACCGAUAACUUUAAGCAAGGCCCACUCAUGCACAAGAAGCCUGAGCAGUCCAUGGGUGAGGUCCUCAAGCACGUUGCCGCAUACAUCGUCCUCCCUGUCCUUAUGGGCGUUGCUGCUGGUGUUGGAGUUGCAUUUUUCGUCAUGUGCCUUUUCAGUAUGGUCCACCGCUUGGUUUGUCUCUUCAGAGGCGAAUCUAGUGAAUCCACUGAAUCCCUCGCUGCUUAUCAUCAGGUGCCUUUCACCGAGCUUGACGUUGAGGACGAGAAGACUGUUCUCAACAAGACUCUUCCUCAGUACGAAUCACGCAACUAG